AUGGAUACACCUGUCAUGUCCAUCAGCAGGGAUGAUGAAAACAGGGAUGAGUAUGAGGGGUCAGGAGAGGACGAUAACGAGGAGACUGAAGUUGAUUACACAAGAAACUAUUGGGAGGACGAGGACGAUAUCUACCAGGAGUUCGAGGAGCUGGACUUCGAGGCCCUGCCGGAUCGCUCGGACACGCGGAGCAUCGCCUCUGACGAUUCCUUCUAUCCCCCGGACAAUUCGGUCGUGUCCCUAUUGCACCGCUCGCCGAGCCCCGACAGCCCGGCGCCCAUUUCCUUCUUUAAGGCCUGCUGCAACAACAACGCCAUCAUCGUCAAGAUCAUGAUCAGACAAGGAGUGACGGAAGAGGAAGUGAAAGAGACGGAUCGGAACAGAAGAACCGGCCUGAUUGUGGCGUGCUACCAUGGCUACGUGGACGUGGUCAUCGCCCUCUCCCAGUGCCCCUACCUUGAUGUUAACUGGCAGGACAACGAGGGCAACACUGCUCUUAUUACUGCAGCACAAGCAGGCCACAUGAUCAUCUCUAACUACCUACUCAACUACUUCCCCGGGCUGGACAUCGAGAGGAGGAACUGUCACGGUUUCACAGCUUUGAUGAAGGCCGCCAUGCAGGGCCGGGCUGAGUGCGUCAGAGCCCUCAUGCUGGCUGGAAGUGAUAUUCAGGCACGGGACAAUGGCCGCAGUUUGACACCCAGGGAGUGGGCUCUCUUCACCGGUCGAUACGAGACGGCCAACCUGAUGCAUCGGCUAAUGUCAAAGCCCUGUGCUGAGCAGUUCUGUGACUCCUUCUCCAAGGAGUGGCCCAUGCUGGAGGAGCUGGUGGCUCAGGCCCAAGAGCCGAAGUCCUGCUGGAGGCGUUUGAUCAACCUCCUCUCCUGCUGCCCUUAUAGGUUUUACAUCAACAACAAGGUGAACCCCGUGGAUGACGGCGUUCUCGACCACAUGGUCCGCAUCACCACCAGCAUCUCCAGUCCAUUCAUUGCCACAGCCUGCUGCACGCUGUCUCCAGGCAGCCCGCCGUGCAUUGGGAAGCGUCGCCAAGCUGUGCAGGAGAUCCUGAGGAGGCAACGGGUGGCUGAGCUCAAGCGCCUGGGCCCGGACAGACUGAACAACUACAAGAGAUUUUUCCAGAACUCGCGGGUCCUCCUCAUCCCCAAGGUGAUGGAUCGGAGGGCCAGCCUCCAGCCUCAGCUGCUGAGCGACAUGGCCGCGGCGUCCACGGUGGCCAUGAGGCGAGCAAGCCUCCUGCCUCUGAACAUGCUGAGGAGAAGCAGCGUGCGGCCGGGCAUCGUGGUGCCCAAAGUGAGGCUCUGCAAAGCCCCGGCUCCGAGCUUUACGCCGGAAAAACUCAGACGGAGCAGUAACCACAACCAGCUCCAGAUCCCCAAGUGGAACUACAAGAUGAAGAGAAUAGAGCGGAGGCAGGAAGAGGAGAGGAAAAGACUGCUACCUCUGACAAGGAGGAGAUGA